UUAUCUUGGCCCGACUAUUAGGCAAUCCCACAUUGUGGGCGGAUAUAACAUUCACUGUAAUCAGGGAGAGCGUUUGGUGACGACAGGACGCCACUAUGAUCAUGUACUGUUGCAUGGGAUUAUGUCUGUUGUUUGGGCCGCUGGUCUCAAGCGCGGGUAACGUUACGCUCUAUGCUCAAAGGGAACCGCUGAAUUUCACAUCUCCUAACUACCCAAGCAACUACACUAGCAAUGACAACUGUUAUUGGGACAUCUACCCUCAAACAAGAGGGUACAGAGUUGUACUCGACAUGGUGUUCACCGAUAUUGAAGGCUCGACCGGAUCCGUUUGUCCAUAUGACGCCCUAACCAUAUACACAAGAAAUAAUGAUGAUCAAAACGUAGCCGAUUCACACAGAAUUUGUGGACAAAGCAGAUGGAAUCUUAUUACCCGUGAAGACCAACAUUUUCAUGCAGUGUUCGAGACUGAUGGCAGUGUAACCAGAGGCGGUUUCCUAAUUAGAUAUUAUGAAACAGACGGGGAAUCAAACUGUGGCGUACCUCUCGUGGCAACUUCUACAGGCAAGACCUUUACCUCGCCUGGGUACCCAAACACCUACUUUCUUCGACAGUCUUGUACCUGGACUAUUACAACAGAACAACAAAACCAAAGCAUCCUAAUGUACCCCACGGACUCCGUACUUGAGAGGGCCUCUACACGUGGAACGUGUGAUAGCGAUUACGUCACUGUAUAUAACGGUCAGAAUAGUUCUGACAUACUUGGCACUUUCUGUGGGAACGAAAGACCUGUCUUUCCCAGCGGGGGAAACUCACUGCGUGUUCAUCUACAAACUGAUUCCUCCAACAACUACAAAGGAUUCAAAAUGUUUUACAGAGCUGUACCUGCAACAACCUGCAACGGUAUGAUGCCCUCUGGACGGAAUCCAAUACAAAUUGUGUCCCCUGGAUAUCCUAAUAACUACCAAAGUGGAUUAGACUGUCAAUGGACUAUAAAUGCGCGGUCUGGAAGCAACAUCAAGGUUGAAGUUCUGUUUGUUGAUAUGGAGGUAGUGUCAACGUGCGCGAAAGAUUAUCUACUUUUUGAAGAUGGCACUACAAACUCUGCUCGCGAGCUGGCGAAGAUCUGUGAACGAACGUCUCCUGCCAUCGUCAGCUCCAGUAACCACAUGACCAUCAUAUUUCACUCAGACAGUAACAUCACAGGAAGAGGCUUUCGCUUGCAGUACUCGUCUGUUAUAGCUCCCGUUUGUGGAUUAUCAGAUCUUUCCGCCUCUCCUGUUACAUGGACGUAUUUGACUUCGCCUGGCUAUCCUUCGAACUAUUUCAACAACCUAAACUGUCUGUGGACAAUUUCUGCACCCGCUGGAUAUGAAAUUAAAGUCGAAGUUGGGUAUUUAUUUGUGAAAUACUCGCCUCUUUGUUCAAGUGACUACCUUCUCUUCAGAGACGGUUCCACGUCUUAUGCUUCUCGUCUGGGUAAAUAUUGUGGUAGUGGUUACAACAACAGGGAAGUCGUCAGCUCCAGAAACUACAUGACCAUCACAUUCCACACUGACGGCUCUGACACAGCACUGGGAUUUAGACUGAAAUACAAAGCUGGAUCUUUCCUUACAUCUGCUACAGAGAGAAGAAAUGUGCUCAACUGUGGAAGUUCAUUGCUCAGCGCCUCCACGUCCACCUGGAGAGAUUUGUCGUCUCCUGGCUAUCCCUAUAAAAACUACAACAACAACAUGGACUGCAAGUGGACAAUUUCUGCACCUGUUGGAUAUAAAAUAAAAGUUGAAAUUAAAGUUCUUUCUGUGGAAUAUGAAGCCACCUGUGCAAAAGACUAUCUCCUCUUCAGUGACGGCUCCUCGUCUUAUGGUACUCAGUUGGGUAAAUACUGUAGUGGCACCAGGGGCGUCGUCAGCUCCAGCAACGCCAUGACCAUCACCUUCCACAGUGACAGCUCUGGUACAGGCAGAGGAUUUUCUUUUGAAUACAUGGCGCAGACGUCAGGAUGUGGCACAGAUGAAGAGAUUUAUGGAUAUGACACGAAAUAUAUUGAAUCACCGAAUUAUCCUCUGGACUAUCCCGACAAUGCGGACUGUUCAUGGAUAAUCAGCACUGAUGUUGAAGGAUAUGUAAUCCAUGUUGAAGUGGAGUUUUUCUACCUUGAGCAUGAGAGCACGUGUUCCUAUGAUUAUGUGCAGCUCUAUGACGUCGAGGGAACAUAUGAACACUCGCUUGGUCGAUGGUGUGGAUUUGAUGGACCAGAUACACAGAGUACAGGGAUGAGUAUGAAGGUCCGAUUCCUCUCCGAUGCUUCGAACACCUUCACAGGAUUCAAGUUGGCCUUCACUGCCGGCGAGCCAACAUCUUCCUCGGCGUCUUUUACACCGAACUUUGGAGCGGUCAUUGGAGGGGUAUUCGGCGGCAUUGUAGGCGUGGCUAUAUUAACGUGUUGCUGCUGUGGAAUUUGCUCUAGGAAAAAAUCCACGACAAAUGACCAGUCACAAAGUAACAGAUCUGGCAAAGACAACGUGAACAAGGUCUCCUCAAUCCCCCUGCCCAACUACGCACCAACUACGGCUACUACUCUGCCGGCCAUGCUUACUCCAGCCCCAGCUGGCUGACAGUUAAGUCGUGAAGGAUGACCCCCCACCCUACUGUCACACAAAUUAACAUAUUUUUUGAUGAAAUCCCCAAACUCCAUCGACAGCAAAUAAAAACACCGCCAAAAAUUGUUCCAAAGAGGCAUAUUUUAUAUUUUCUAAGAAAAUCUAUCACCAUAAGAAAAUACAGUUAUCUGUAUUCUUACAAUAUCUGUUUCCCGAUCUAUUUGGGUCAUGUGUGAUGUUGAUUGUUGAGUGAGUGAGUGAGUGAGUGAAACGCCGCUUUUAACAUUAUUCCAGUUAUAUCACGGCGUGUCAGCUUAUUGUGGGAGGAAAGCCCGAAGUGAGGCAGGUGUCAGACGUUUACCACUUCG